UUUUGGCUGCUUGCCACGGCGCCGGUAGUUCGGAAAAGUGGCUCGGAAGGCUGCCUGCUCCGCAAGUUAACAACUGAUCCGGAGACCGGUGAGAUACCGUGCCGUCGUCUGGCGCGGACCGAGGCGGCGGCUGGCCAUAAUAUGGUUGGAAGACGAACUCGGACCUGGGACGCCGCACGGCCUAGCGGGGAGCCCUUCCUUCAUCUGGCUUGCGUUCCACGGGGCGUGGCGUCAUGACAAGGCCACUUAGUCGUUCGAGUAGGCUUAAAGCAGACGAGUCGAUGGUCACGGCGGACCGAGACUACAACUGCCGUCUUCCCCGUUUGGCCGGCUUCAUGCGAACCGAGGUUCACUUCUCCCCGCCACCGAGUCGACGAAAUGCGUCGUCAUCAACCUGCCCCCGCAAUCAAGAAAUUCCACACAGGCCACAGGAAUACACCCGACCGAGCUUUGGAGGAGUGGCCUUUGUUGGCUGGGAAUUUACCGGGUUCCGUCAACAUCGUACCACCCAUUGCCAAAACCCGUGUUCCCCGCAUGAUCUGCUAGAUAAGCUCGGGUUUUGUCCAUACACACCAAUUAAGCCACACGGUGCCCAGGUAGAUCAAGGUCGCAUGCGCCCAAAUGCCGUGCCAAAAUCCUGCAUCCCGCCAACACGAAGCUGCAUAUUUGGGGUUCGAUACUUUUAUUGCCGGACUCCGGUCGAAACGGUUCACAGCUCCGGUUCCCUACCGGAUGUCGUAACCACCAGAGGUAACGCAGAUUGUGUCGAUCCCGUAGCUUAUCCGCCGCAAGCUGGUCGGACGACGAAGUCUUUGUUCAGUUUCUAAAGCACACCGGAUCGGGGAUAAUAGGGGACAUGCCUGAGGAAGUAGAGCGAUGAUACCUAUUAUCAUGCUUCCUCGCACGGACCCCGCAUCCACGACAAACACGGCCCCCCUGCAGCAGCACCACUACUACCAUGUAAGCGGCAAGGGGCAAGCCAACGUCAACUGUUUUCCCUUUUGCAACAUACUCAGUCAAACAUCAGU